AUGGCAGCCACGGAUGGACAAAUAAUAGUUGCUGCGGCUCGAUGGUCAGACGAAGGACUCUAUCUUCGAGAAUGUGUUUCUAAAUAUAAAUUACCAGCAGUUGUUAAAAUAAUAAAAGGCCAAUACGGAGGCCUUGGUGUGCCAUCACUACCGUGCCCUGGCUUACAAAGUACUGCAUUAUUAGUUUCUGCCGGAAAACGCAAAAAAAUUGUCGCUCAAGCCGUUAAACUGAAAGAGGGUAGAAGAGUGAUUGGAGUAGGUCCGAGACUCGCCAUACCUGAUUCCUAUGAUGGUUUUUUCGAAAUAUUGAGCGAAGAAGGGCGAGCUGUUAGGUGUAUGGAAAGCGUUUCGGAACUUGCCAAAAGACGUCCGGAAGCGGGGUGUUUAGUGCGGGAACCUGUUCGUGCUAUUGUUGCGAGAUAUGAGGAUGACGGGAGCAUCACCGCGGAUGGUGCUAGAACUAUAGCCGUUGGUGAAACUUUGUUUCUUGCUGGAGAAGCUACUUUAGGAGGGGCCAAAGGACGAUAUCUUCGCUGCUUGGAUUCAAGAGGUGACACGAUUCUUCUUGGACUUGAACAAAAAGGUAGAUUUAGUGCCAUUGCCAAAGAAGACAAUAUAAGUGGCGUUCAUACUGCUCGUAAUUUAUUGUGCAAACGUUUGCCCAUGACCGUUCGUUUAGUGCACGGUACCGUUCCGCGCGGUCUUAAAACUCCUAAUCACUUCAUUCCUGAAUUGAGACUUUUAUCAACAUUUGAAGAGGAGCACGUGUUUGCCUUACCACUUCAAAAAGAAACCAAUUCUGUCAUCGCUCUUCCUCUUGCGGCCUCUCUAAAACUACAACUUACUAAAAACGAAGAACAACUCAAGGGACUAAAAGAAUUUCAAAGGCUAAUUGAUAAAUGCGGAAAAUUAUUAAACGAUGUAGCCAAUAGGAUUCAAGUUCUGGAUGGAAAAUUAGGAGAUUCUAAAUUACUUAAAACUGAAAAUUCCCUUUCCGUUUCCUCAAAAGCGGGAUAUUUUAUAAAAAAGAGUUUUUCUUCGGAUUCUGCCAAUUACAGUUUUUCUACUCGAAAUCAUAGUUUCAAUCAUAGAGAUGAAAAUCGUUUGCCGUCUUCUCACACGGACGAUUGUGAACUCGAUCAAAUUUACGACGAAAUCGAUCAAAUCUACGAUUACAUUAGAGGAUUUGCUCCACUGCCCAAAACUGUUAGAUCUCCUUUAGUUGAAAAUCAACCGUCGUCUUCUUUAAAAAAUUUACCAAAGUCAUCCCCUCCCUUGUCUCCCACAUCUGCGCCAGGACAUAUAGCUCUGAUUUCAACCUCUGAAAAAAAACCUGAACCGCCUCCUAUAGAAACUAUUCCAGGUAAAAAAACAUCCUCUCCGAUAAAGGCUGAAAAAAGAACUCGACGAUCUUCUGUGGCUACUUCAAAAGAACCCAUUAGCAGAGAAAAAAAUAAACCCCUUACAAAACUAUACAUAAAAAAUAAUAGCCAGCGAGGGACUCACAUUUUGAGACAAAAAAGUCCUUCCCCGGUGAAGGAUUUACUUUCUAGUUCAGGACAAGGAAAAUCCGGUUCACCACUAUUUAAUAUUAGAUAUAAGAGUUUGACAAAUCUUCAACAAGCCAUGGAACUUAGUGGAACAUUGGAUUCCAGUCAUUCCGGAGGUAGAACAUCUGGGGAUUCGGGACCUGGUGCUAAAUUACCUCGAUCCAGAAAAAUUAGCAGACCGCGUUCUCUAACAAAUUUAGUGUGGGAGUUAAGAGGAGGGGGAGGAGGAGGAACGUCAGGGGCGUCAGUUCCUGAUCCAAUGAUAGUUGAAAGAAAAACUGUGAAACCGAGUCGUCUGGAACCCGGCGUGCAUAGGAAAAGUUUAAAUAAAGCAAUUGCGAGCGGAUCUAAACGAUCUGGGACGUUGUAUUUUUAA